AUAUUUACUGAAAUCUAAAUUCUCUUAUUUAAAUAGAAUAAACAAUUGCUUUCACGAAAGGCUAAGGACUUAAGAAAAUGUAUAUUUAAGCGAUUAGAAAAUAUCCUAGAUAAAUAUCUCACGCGAUGCCGGUGAUCACAUCAUACCUUUCUCGUCUCGUAUUUCGCCUUGAGCGAUCUAUCUAUCAAUAUCACGAUGGACUACCGCGCUUUCAUAUCUUGUUUAAUCAACUGGGAAUAUUCUCUCUUUCUCUCUCGCGCCAUGACCCAUUGUCGACUAUCGUCAUCGCGGAGACAGAAAAAUCAACGUUACUGGCCGCGACUAUCGGCUACCGUGCUCUCCUCGCGGGCACGUGAGAGGUGGAUCAUGCAUCGCCGCGGCAUACAUUCACACAUGGACACGGCGGCGGGAGGCCGCGCGGCCGGUUAUUAUGUCGCAGAUAUGGCUCGAAGGUAAUUAAUACUAUUGUUAUGAUUCAGAUAGGUACGCCAUUGUCUGGACAUCUUGGCUCGGCAAUGCGAUCUUCGGCAGUCGGAGCUGAAACGCGCGGCAGGUACGGUCGCUCGACGUCUUCCGAGAGCGAGCGAGCGCGCACGCGAUGACACACCGCACGCAUCAGUCGCAUGUUUGCCGAUGCACACCUCGUCGUCUCGGGGAUUGCGCUCACGACAUCGGCGCUGAUAGAUGUAAUAUGACCGCUCUGGUGGGAUUGUGCAAUUCCGAGGUACAAUUAUAAACCGCGAUUCGGCGGCAGUGUCGGUGCAAUUGGAUUAGAAAUCCGGCUGAUUAUGCCCGCGACCGUGCGCCACGGCUGGCGAUCCGCGUGGAUUAUAGCAGAAGUGAAUUGUGCGCGUUAUGAUACGUCUUGACACACCUGCAUACCUGGAAUAACCAAGCGCUCGAUCGUCUGACGACUCCUCUCUCGGGGAGAGACGAGAUCCGAUCGGUAUGAUUGACGACUUGCAUUCCGAGAGACAGAUGUAAUCAUUGUUUCGUCGUAUCGCGGGCAAGAAAUACACACAUGAAUUCGUACGAGAUGAGCGCCUUCGUCAAUGAUGUUCAGCAGCAUGAGAAGACGGCGAGCACGGCAGGCCAUGUGAGCAUCCACGUCGCGGCCAACGAUACCGUGCCGGGGGAGGACGUGAAAAAUGGCAAAUUCAACAAGUCGACUCAAAGCGAUAUCUCGCACUCGACGUGGAAAAAGUCCAGGCCAAUAUCUUUGACAUAUCUGUCAGGCCGAGCACAGCCGAGCGAGUCGAGUUACUCCACGCACAGCUCCAGGAGCACGUUGUACCCGGUUCAGAGUGAGUUGGUCUUGUCGCCCAGGAACAAGUACAACAAAUACGUGUCCCUGGACAUGAGGUCGACCAACAACCUGUCGUAUCCUAGUCCGCACUCAAACAACCAACUUUACGGCGGUGGCGCGCCGUACACCUGUUGCUGUACGUGCACUGGUGGCUCGCAAAUCCCGCCACCGCCGAUGCCGCCUUUGCACCAGACCGAGAAUCACGACGGGCCCGAGAGUCUUUCCUGGAGGAGGCUUCACAUGAGCAGAGCCAAGCUGAAAGCAACCGCCACUACGUCCGAGCUCCUCAGCGGCUUCGCAAUGGUUGCGAUGGUAGAACUGCAAAUAAACGAGCCGACCGCGGUGCCAGAGUGGCUGUUCGUAAUGUUCGCUGUCUGUACUACUUUCCUGGUAUCGGUGCAUAUCUUCGCGCUGAUGAUAAGCACGUAUCUUUUGCCUAAUGUCGAAGCCAUAAGCAAGCUGCAGGUGUCGAGGCUCGUAACGGAAUCGCCGCACGAGAGAAUGCGCGGCUUCAUCGAGCUGGCCUGGGCGUUCUCCACGGUUUUAGGAUUGUUCCUUUUUCUCGUAGAGGUGGCCAUUCUCUGCUGGGUCAAGUUCUGGGACUAUUCCUUCACCGCCGCCACUGCCAGCACCGUGAUAGUUAUUCCUGUGCUUAUAGUGUUCGUUGCGUUCGCUGUUCACUUUUAUCAUUCUUUGGUAGUUUACAAAUGUGAAAGUGCGGUGUCGGACAUGAAGGAUUUGGAGAGUAUAAAGAGGCAUCUGGACAGCGUGACGAUAGGACAAACUAAUGUAUAAACUUGAGACGCAAUGUGACUAAAUCUGUAAGAUAUAAUCAGUUAUUAAGUUGCUUUAGAUGAGAAAAGGAUGCGUGUUGAACUUAGGAUAAUGAAUAACAAAAAAAAAAUUGUAUUUUAUAAUCUCUAUUGGUUCAUAUAGGUAAGAGAUGUCACACUCAAUCUGAAACAAUCGCGAAAUAAAUUAGAAUGUCAAACGAGAAUAAUAUAAGAAAGACACUUACGGACUUUUGUUGUCAAUAAUUUUACUUUUCAAACGUGACCAUGCGAAAACGGUCAAGUUUUAUUAUAUAUAAAAAUGUACAUAUAUAUUAGCUGUACACAUGCAAGUCAAGAAUUGCAACAGUACAAGCAAGUGCUCUUAGUUACUUAUUACUUAUAAUAUCCAGCAUUUAAUUAUAUUCUGUAUACAGUUUAA